CGAUGCGCCCACGGUUUAAUUGUUUGUUCACUCAUUUCGUUCUUUCCCAACAAUCCAGACUUGAACUACGCAGUAGGACAGCCAUGAUGGUUCGGAUCGCGCACCCAGUCGUUGUGUCACUGGGCGACCUCAAGCAGGGCAACAUUCCCUUUGGGACGCUCGAGGAAGCUUUUGGGCCGGAAUCUUUAGGUAUCCUGAUAGUUAAAGAUGUACCUUCCGAGUUUAGUCACUUGAGACACCAGACACUGUCAUAUGCUUCUUACCUGGGCAAUCUGCCCGAACAUGAACUUAAAAAGCUAGAGAAUGAAAAGGCCAGAUACCUAACAGGCUGGUCUUUAGGGAAAGAGACACUCAAGAACGGACAAGUUGACACGUUCAAGGGGUCAUACUAUGCCAACUGUGCAUUCUACGUUGAUGCCACGCUUGACUGUGCCAAGCCAACCGCCGAGUUCAACACUGAUAACUUCCCCGAGUACCUGUCGCCUAACGUAUGGCCUGCGCAAGACGUACUUCCUGGGUUUAAGCCUAGCCUCGAGAGCCUGUGCCGCGUCAUCAUCGACACUGCGGUCCUCGUUGCCCGGGCUUGCGACAGAUACGCCGAAUCCGAGAUACAGGCAUAUACCAAGGGUUAUUUGGAGCACGUUGUCAGCACGUCCAACACGACGAAGGCGCGCUUGUUACACUAUUACCCGCAGACACAGGAAGCGAUCUCUAAAAUCGGUGCCGCCGACGAUGACUGGUGCAGCGUUCAUGUUGAUCACGGAUGUCUCACUGGUUUGACGUCGGCCAUGUUCAUCGACGAGAACGAGACGUCAACCGCGGUACCAGAAAUCACAAACGACAAGUCUGCAAGCCUGCCACCGCUCGCCGAGCUAGCAACGUCACCCGACCCGGCUGCUGGGCUAUACAUCCACUCGAGAACGGGAGAGACAGUUCAAGUCAAGAUCCCGCGGGAUUGCAUUGCAUUCCAGACGGGGGAGGCCCUCGAGCGCAUCACGGGCGGCAGGUUCAAGGCGGUUCCGCACUUCGUGAGGGGCGUCAGAGCGUCAGUGAGCGACGGCCGGGUUGCGCGCAACACGUUGGCUGUUUUCACUCAGCCGAACCUCGGCGAGGAGGUCGACAUUGAGCAACACAUAACGUUCGGCGAAUUUGCGCGGGGCAUCGUGGCCAAAAACACCGUUUCUUAGGAGGGGAGGUGGUGUUUGAUGCGAGAGGUUGAAUGAGACCGGCGCACAUUGCAGCAAAGAAAGACGAGGGGUCGGCUCUUGAGUUGUUCCGGCAUGAGGAGGGUGCAGAAUCGGGUGAAGCCGACUCGCGGUUUGGACUUGUCAAGUAUCCGGGCCACUUGGUGGGGCCCGCGAACAUGGAGGAGCAUGGAGCCACCAAGGACCCCGGCAGGCCCGGAGCAUGCUGUAUGGUUUGGUUUGUUGACAGAUGUGCCAAGUCGAAACUGGGAGCUGUAGGAUUGCAUACCAUACUGUCAUGCUAGUCCAACGGGAUACGCAGUUCGCUCAGAAAUAGCGCAUGAGAUUGGUAGAGUUGCGUGAUGUUAGCGGCCUUCUCCAUGUUCUCAGUC